AUGCGUGUGGCUCAGUGGGUGAGGCAGUCUGACGCAGGCCAGCCCGCGGACGAGGAGCAGGAUGAGAAGGACAAGAAGCGGAUGGACGGACGCAGGGGCCGUCAUGGCGGCGGUGGCGUUGGCGGCGGUGGCAGCGGCGGCGGGUCUGAUGGCGGAGACAGCCUCACGCACGACCCCGCUGUGGCUGGCGGCAAUGGUAUCAAUGCGUGCGCGGCGUCGGUCGGCGAUGCGUCUGUGAGCCAGGCAUCCGGGUCAGGUGACGGAGUGGGCAGUGCCGCGGGGGACGGCCAGGCUGAAGAGGAGCUGGCAGCAGACUUCAGGCGAGCCAAGCGCCUGAAGAAGCUGAACCGCAUGAUGACGUCCAGUGCGGCGCAGUCCUCCACGCUUCGCUUUAAGCAGCAGACGUGGUUGUGCCUCGGCGUCAUCCUGGUGGCGCACGUGGUGGGCUACGCCAUACUGUCCACUCAGAUCCAGAAGCGCUUCGAGAACAUGCACAACACCGCCAUCAUAGCACGCGCCACUGACCGCUUCCAGCUGUCAGCAAUGCGCGUCAACUUUGCAUACAGGUGCUCCCAGCCCCAGUUUACCGGCUUUGAGGUGUGCUCCCCAGCCUCCAUGCAGAACACCUACAAUCGCUUGCUUGCAAACCUCAACCUCCUGCGCGUGUGGCACCAGGGCCUGUACCUGGGUAAGACCAAGCUGUCGACCUUUUCAGACCCGCGGCUCUAUGAGUUUUGGACACACCGGUUGCUGCCGGAGCAGGUGUGGAUGAAUUCGACCUCUGACGGCAGUGCAGUUAUUGUCACUCGCAACGCCACCAUAUGGGAGAUGGGCAACACAUUCAUAUCUGCCGGUUAUGACGUGCACUACCUGGGGCCACUCCUAGGGGCGGCCCUGGAGAAUGACACUUCCUUCAACUACAUGCACAUCAACGGACCAGAAUCCAUAUUCUUUGGCUACAGCUGGAGCCUUGACCUGCAGGUGGACUUCUCCUUCGUAUCACUGAGCCACCUCAGCAGAUGGCUCAUAGUGCUGCUGGUCGUGGAGGCUCUGUGCCUGCAGACUGCCUGCUUGGCGUACCAGUUCUUCCUGGUACGUACAGUCAAUGCACAGCACAUGAGGCGCUUCAGCGUCUUCCUGGCCCUGCCCUCUGCCACCAUACGCAUCAUGGCCAGCCGAAAGAUAGCGGUUGAUGAUGACACCAAUGAGGAGGGGGACGACGAUGACGAUUUGGAGGCACUGGCGGCCCAGGGGCAGAAUCGAGCCGGCGACAAAACCACCACGGACGGCGCCAACCCAGGCAGCAAGGCAGCAUCGAAAAGCGUGCGGCUGGCGGCUGAUGAUGACGCGGCGGCUGCAGAGACCGAGAAGAACAAAAAGAAGCCCAAGAGCCUGGGACAGCGCAUCCACCAGGCGUUGUUUGGCUGGAUGGACACAGUCAUCAAGCUCAACGGCAAGAAGCUUGUCCCCAACAACUCGGUGAUCUUCAAAUUCAUGCUGCCACUUGCGGCGUGGGCGGUGGCAGUCAUCGUGGUGUUUGGGGUGACUUUCCAGAGGCUCGCGGGCCUGCAGGCACCACUGGCGUCGCUCAACGCGGCGGCGCGCGUCACCUACCUCAUCAGCCGCAUCCGCGUAACGGGCAACUACAUGGCGUUCACCAACAACAUCAGCGAGCAUCACCUGAUCCAGGAAACCCUGCUGAUGAUGAUCACAGACCUGAGAGAAGA